AUGGAAAUGGAUUUUGGAUCUGAAGAGAACGCUUCCAUUGUGUAUGCUACCUUAGCUGUUGACCAAGAGUUGCAACCUGAUAAAGUAAAACGAGUCAUGACAGUGCACUUCGAGGCAACAGAAGCGAGAUUUCUUCGAGCAUCAUUUAGUGCUUUUGUAGAUGUCCUGACACUUGCCACAAAAACUAUUGAAGAAUUUGGCCAAGGAAUGAAGUUGUGA